CUCGGUGGCUAGGAGAAUCACGGCAAGGAAUACAGGCACAUCAGUAGCCAGAAGUCGUCAGGUCUCGCACGCCUCUCUCAAGGUCGAGGAGCGUGACACUCGCAAAGAUGGCGGCCAUCUUCAUCCCGCAGCGCUUCGAGAGGCUGCACCAGCUCAUCUGUGACGCGCUCGGGGAUGGGACGUCGGCAGAGCUGACGGCAUCCAGCUCAUGGCUUGUUACUCUAGACACAGCGAGGGAGGAUAUAGCAAUUUUGGGCAGGGCCAAACCGCCGAGCGAAGCAGAGCGAAAGGAGAUCGAAGGAGGGUCGAUCACUAUCGAUGGAACUACAGCCAACCUCCAGCAGGAAUUUUCCCAGCAGACGUUGCAUCUCUCACAAUAUCUCAGCCUUUCCGAGCGUUAUGCGGCAUCGCUGCUGCAAGUAGGUCUUGCCGGAAGGGCGCGAUGGGCACGACCGCCAACCGAAGUCGCGGUCCUUCUCUACUAUCGGGAGCGCCUGGCACUAUUGGCCUGCUUGAAGGAUCUACUCACGGCUCUUAUAAACGCUCGCAAUGGAGAAGCAUACGGUGCACUCGACUCGAUCCCGCAGGUUGAAAGCUUCUUGCGAAAGCUGACCGAGACAAAGGACCUCCCUCAGGCUGUAGGCCAAAAGGCCAGCUUCACCAAGCGCAUUCUGGACGAGAUUGAAUUCACCACACAAGAAGUCUCUAAGUUGGAGAAGCGGAUACACACGGGAGGUGCACAAGCACUCGCGCACCUGUUCAGCGACGAUAUUUUCUCUGAAAGCAUUCAACUGCUGAAAGAGCAGGCAAGGGAGCUCGGUCACGUCCUUUACCUACUUGGAGUCGCCGGCAUUCUACGGGCCGAGGGUGUGCUUGUCAUCGCGAAAUGGCUUGAGGCCGUUCCGCGGGAGGCAUUCGGCACGAAUUCAAUUUAUGUCCUCACUGCUCUUCUCGGAGCUCUGGACGCGUCCAGUUCGCUGCUGGACGACUCUUCAUUUGUCAAGAGCAUGACAGCACUGGCCGAGAGCGCAAGCUGGAAGACGCCCGCAAUCCGCUGUGCAAUGGCCUUGCAAUGGGCUUUGCAGAUGAUUGGCCUGCUCAAGCGGAGCACAGGGUCCAGCGCAGAGUUGAGGAAUCAAGAGGAGAAGGUCCAAGACCUCAUCACUGGCGCGAUCCGCGGUGGCGCCUUUGCGUUCUUUAAUUUGAACGUGCUCGCUUUCCGACACGAGCAAGAAGAGGACCACAUGUGGUUCAGCGAAGAAGAAGAAAAUGGAGAGAGAGCCGCAGGCCAACCUGCAGACAUCGACGCGACAUUCCAAGAAUACAUUCUCCAUCAGAUCCAGCGACUCAUGCAAGGCGUCAGCAGCGUGAUGCUUCCGAUUUUGCGCAAAGUGCAACGUGCAGAGGAGGACGCAGCAUUUGCGUCUUCAAGAGGGCGCACUGAUGUUCAAGAGCCACGGCACGACAUUCAGCAGCUCUUCGACUUGAUCGCCACACUCUGCCGAGGGAGGCCGAACGCUGGCCUUGAUUUUUGGACUGGUCCAGACGGACGGGCGACACGCUUCCUUUUAUGGGCUAUCGAGUCGCGAGAAGCAGGGCAUCAGCUCUCUCUGCUCGAUAUGCUUGCCGCCAUGAGCGCAGGUGCCGAGAGCUCGCUACAGGCACAUAUGUUGCUCUCGAAUCACGAGAGUGUCAGCGAUCGGUUCGUUUCGUGGGAUCACCUCUUCGACUGGGUCCAAUACUACAUUGAUCUGUUCGCUAAGAGUCCUUCCUCGCAAGAAAUGCCCCCUGAAGAGGCCAAGUUGCUCAUCGCGUUCAUGCGUCUGCUCCGUGGUGUCGCGUACUACAGCCAGGCAGCACGGGCAUCGCUUUACGAGACGAAUGAGUACCAAGUCAUUACGCGCCUCUUCAACCUUUCGCUCUGCCACAUCCACGUCGAGCUCAAGGCCGCGUUGCUCGAUGCACUCGCUGCUUUUGCCCGAGAGGACAGCCCACAUGCAGAGCGCAUUGGUAACGACAUUUGGAACCGAAUGACUAAGGCAGAUAUUCUCGGCUCGGCUCGCUCUUCGCGCCCAGCCUUCGGAACGAGACCUGCUGGUGGCGGCACGGGUGCGAUUCACACGCUCGAGCACGUCGAAGCUCCCCAGCACAACUACGCUGGGACAUGCAGCCUGGUCAACUUCCUCAGCGUAAUCCUUCCGCAAAGAGCAGCUCUGACAGACGACUAUGUGCAAUUUGUCACACAGUCCGUCUUUUUGCAAGCCUCUUCGCGCGAGUAUGAUCAUCGCUCGGAUCGAUGGAAGGUGACAUCUGCGUGUCUUGCAUUCCUCUACCGCUGUCUGGAUCGCUUCAAGGUGGAGGAGUUGCUCACGGGGACAGGCUCCUCGCCGGAGGCGCUUGCUGCGCAGCCUGGCUUCCUCGUGGCCAGGCAUUUCCUCACGGGCUCGCCAGUCGAAAAGGAGCUGUUUGCCAUCAUUGGCAUCGGCUUUGAUACCUCCAAUCGCGCUGCCACACCUUUGAUGACCAAGGCUAUUGAGCUUGCGUUGCGCUGCGUGCAGAGACUCUUCGAUAUUCAGGAUAUAUUUUUGCAAGUGUUGCUGCCUGCGCUUACAGAGUCGUCGCAGGACCAGGCGCGCAUCGGAGCCCCUACGCGGUACUCAACGCUCGACCAGCAUCUGCUGCAUCAACACCAGACUGCGGUGGACAUCGCUCUCUACAUCAACAGCACAGCUGCAUCUGUUGCGAUGCUCUCAAUCAAAGUUCUCGGUCAGAUUGCAUCGUCGCCUGCCUUCUCCGCGAUUGACCGCUUCAGCGUGGCCAACGGCCGGAAGAAGAUGAAUCGGCUUGUCGGUCUACUGGAGAUGAUGGAUGAGACCGUUCGCAUUCGUUCGGGCUACAUUGAGCGUCUCGGCAACCCAGAGACUAGCCUGGCAGUAGACGAAAGCGGAGACGAUUUCGACGGCGGAUCCUGUUCAAUACGCGUCGCGAUCCUGGACCUUCUCCUCGAGCACGUUUCUGGCAAUGCUCCAAAUAUCUCACACCUCCUUCUGGGCUACGACGUCUCUGCCGACACCCAAGUCAUCUCCGAUCCAGACUCAGCCGCUACUUCUCCCGGCGCCUUGCACACCAUUUUGGCCCUCCUCAGCUCAGAAGAUCAGAGCCUGCAGAGCAUGCUAUCGCAGUUCCCUACCUUGACGGAAAGGUGCUUCCAGCUGCUUCUCAAGCUUUGCAGUGAGCCGUUUUCGAGUGCAGCCACUCUGCGGUACCUUCGGACUCGCGAGGACUUCAUUCAGUCUCGCUUGCCGCUAAUUCCAUUCGCGCCCAUCGCUCGUCGGGACAGUGACGGCACGGCAGUCUUCGCGAAUGGCCUAGCCUUGUCGACCUCCGCCGGAGCAGCAGUCUCGAAUCUGCGCCUAAAAGCGGACUUGCUUGGCAUGAUCGCACUUGAGAUUCAUGCGCUCACCAGCGAGGACAUGCUGAAUGCAACUACACCGAUCCUGAGCCUCUUGCUAGAUGCGGAAGAUGGCGUCGGUAUUCGACUCCUUGAGCUGCUUUCCAGCUUCGACUUUGACUGGAACGAUAAUGGGGAUAAUGUUGAAGAAGAGCUCAGUCUGCUGGCUGACCUCAACAUCAAUUUGAUCAAGCUACGGGGUGCCGAAGCUGUGGAGCAGGAAUUUGACUUAGAAGCAGCUGCCACGCUGCUUUCGAACGCACGGGCGGAAUUACAACGCACCGGCACCCUGCGUGAAGCAUCACAAGCUUCUCGCUUUGAACAUGAGGCGGUGGUUAUUAUGAGAUACCUGGCCGCACGGAAUGCGCACCGGUCGAUCGCACAUGCUCGAAGAGAUGCGCUUCGCGCGUGGAAGCACACAUUGGACAUGAUCUUAUCGAGGUGCAGCAUGCUGCUGCGGAGCGAAGACCGCCUCGUCGUUAUUUUUGACUGCCUCGCCGCCAUCUUGCCCCGCAUCACUAGUCGCAGCGACCCCGCCACGAUCGAUUUACUGUCCGGCUCUGUGCUCGCACUGAUCGCGACGCUCAGAGUCGGGACCGAAGACCAAAAGGAUGCUCUGCCUGCGGAUCGACUACUGGCAACUCUUCGUUCUCUCAUUUCCGCCACUUUGCAGCCGGGAACGUCCACUAUUGCCCGCGGAAGUCUGUAUUCGGGCCUCAUCAACUUCUUGCAACUCGCAAGCAGCAGCACGAGCAGGACUGAUUCAUAUGACGCUGCAGAAGACGUCUCUAUCAGCGGUGCUUCCGUCGCCUUUUCGGCAAUUUCAGCGAGCUCAUCGAUGGUCUUGCGCGUCAAAGGGCUGCUGGCUGAAAAAGCAGAAAAGCUUGUCAUUCUUGUCGCUCGUGAUGCGCUUGACGCCAGCGACGUCUGGAAGACGGUUGCAUACACCUUGCUCGACAAGCUCAAUUGUCUCGAAAGCAGUCGAAGCCGACCAUCGCGUAUUUUGGCGGUCUUGUCUGGACAAGGCUACCUCAAGACGAUGGCCUCAUCCCUGCGAGAAAUGGACCUUCCUCUUCAAGACACGCUGCGACCGGACCCCCCAACGCUGACUCCGACCUAUGUUUAUGAGGCCAUGAUGGCCUUCGCUGUCCGCCUAGCAUCUUCAAGAGCAGGCGCUGAGGCGCUACUGGAGGCUCGCAUGCUUGAUGCGCUUGCGCAGUCCGACUUCUUGUCGGCUUCACCGGACCAAGAUCAGGGCUUCAUUGAAGCGGACACUUUUUUACCGGCUGUCCGAGAGCGGCAAGCUGCGUUGAUGGCUCCUGCACUUGAGCUUUGCUUCGCUGUCUACUCUAGCACGGCAAGUGCGAGACAAUCGGUACUCGCUCUCCUGAAUGCCCACCACGAUACCCUCGUCAAUGUUCUCAAGGCUGUGUUGCGCGACAUUGUGACCAUUGGCCAGAUCAAUCUUGCUCAACUUCUUGUCACGCUGCUCGGGUUGCGGAUGGCGAACAACGAAGUACCAACAGCGGCAGAAACAAGCUCUUUCCACAGCCAUGUGCUGGGAGUUGCUGCAGCGUUCCUCAUGAUCGACACUUGGCGUGCUCGGGUGGUUCCCAGCAAUGAUGCUGAGAGGGAAGAGAGCUCUCGCCUAAACGUCCGGGAAAGUCUCACAGCUUUUGAUGUCAAAGCCAUCGCACAAGUCGAGCGUUUGCAGAUAUCGCUUCUCGCCUACCUCGAGACCGCGAGUCAAGGCCCACGAAUGCGUCCUGUGCUUACUGCAGCGGUAUCACCUCAACAUGGCCUUUCCCACCCCCAAGCAUUCGUCCAGAGAACCUUGGCGGCUCCGAGCAUGUGCACCGCAAUAACUUCUUUAGAGGAGGAGGUGGAGAAAAUGUCCACAAGACUUCCUCGACUCGAAGCCGUUCUGUUUGCCCUCAAGUCACCCAACACCGUCAGCAUUGAUGAUUGGGAGGAUCUGUUGCGCGAUGAGGCCGAAGUUAGCGAGCAGUUCAUCGCAGAUGCUGCUCGCCAGCCCAGUCUUGCGGUCUCAUUUUUAAAGCUCCGGUUAGGCGCACGUCGUGCAUCGAUUGCACAAAGCCUAGAUGUGAUCGAGCUGCUCAUGGUGCUCCUCUGUCGGCACUUCGACUACUAUACAUCGAUGCCGCACUCGCAACUAGCUGAUGACAACCUUGGGCCUCGUAGGACCCGAAUGGACGCUCAAAGUAACGACCGAGCGCUCCUUCUGCAAGUCGGGACGGAGAAAUUCGCAGGACUUGGUGAUCGCCUCGUGGAGCUGACUCUCGGUGAAGCACAGCUACCCGACGCUCAAGAACGUCUGGCGUUUGUAGAAAUGGCGAUGAGGCGAAUUCAGUCGCUGCUCGCUGAGAGGUCAGUGUGAGGAUAGCUUUUACGAUGUCAUUUGCAUAUGUACAUAUCAAAAUCAACCCUUGCGCUUUUGGGGCUUGCUCGCCUGCGGGCCAUUACCCUUCAGCGCAUCGUGCAAAGCAACUUUUUUGACGCCGAG